AUGCCAGAGUUGCUGUCGAACAAACGCAAGCGGCCCAGCGACGAGGUCGACGAGCUCAUCACAGCCCGCAACAGCCACUCCUUUGGCGAUCAGACGGAGGACAAGUCCUUGGAGCGUCCCCUUGCGAAGCGCCGACUCAGGAUUGUGACCGACGUGGCAAGCCUGACGCACCUCACUGCAUCUCCUUCGUCCGCGGAUCUCUCACUGGACUCGGAGACAGACUCUCUCUUCGACGCGGACUCCCUUUUCGACGAUACCUCCUCUCCCCGCUCGGCUUGUCUAGACCAGACUACCGCUACCUCUGAGCUGACCUCCCAGAGCGCGACUCCCGCCGAAAACCUUGUUCCAGCACGUCGUACCGCACCGCUGAUUCCUGGACUGUUCUUCGAUGAAGCUCUGUUGCUCCCAGAGGACCUAGCAGAAGACGUGAUGUGGACCUGUAUCCGGACGUACUUCCAGAGCAGCAGCGCGGACCAGGUCAUGCUCUUCGAACGCGCGCCCUCCCCGUCUCCCGAGCACGACUCGCCUCCGCGCCCAGGUAGCAGCGGGCUCCCGCCCGUGCUCACCGACCUCCUCGUCACGCUAUCCGCGCUGCUCCGGCCUCUCCUGCCUCCGACGACGCAUGCCCUCCUCUUCCCGCCUCCCUCUGCAGCCGCACCCCGCCUCGCGCGUCAGGCCAUCCUCAACUUGUAUUGGCCGGGCGAGGGCAUCACGCCGCACGUCGACCUGCUCGAUCGCUACGGCGACGGGGUCAUCGGCGUCAGCCUGGGCUCAGGAUGCGUGAUGCAGUUUGAGAGGGUGCGCAACGGGGAGGAGGACGGCGGAGAGGGGCGAGAACGGUGGGGCGUGUAUCUUCCCCCGAGGAGCGUGUUCGUGUUAUCGGAGGAGGCCCGGUACGCGUGGACGCAUGGAAUAGAGAAGCGGAUGGACGACCUCGUCGAGCAUACGCCGGGCGGCGCGGGGGCGGGGAGCAGCUGGAUCGAGCGGGAUGUUCGGCUGAGCAUCACGUUCCGGUGGUUGCUACCUGGCGCGGACGUAGUCGGCGGGCCUGACGCUUCCGAGGACGUAUGA